AUGCUGCGAGGCCAAUUGCACGACGGCAUCAGCCUGGAUAUGGACGCAGGCGAGCGCGGGGCUGGAAAUAUGGAGGGCUCUCCUCGACAACCAGCAGCCUCGAGCUCGAGGUCGCCCUCGAAGGCACGAUCGCUCUCUGAUGGAGGACCGCCGGUAUUGUCGCCAUCUCCCAAGUUUCGAGAGCCCGAGAAGAGAAAAUCGCAGGACGACAGCGCGCUCGACGAAAGCCCCACGACUCCACGGCGCCCGGCCUUGGGACUGCGCGGCCUAUCGAUGCUGCAGAUGCCGGCACGAGACCUCAUCCCCCCGAGCCCAAAGACAUCGACGUCAACAUCGACCUACAUACACCGCGUGCCGCUGUCGCCCAAGAUGGAUCACUCGCAGAUAUAUGGCUCGCCGACAAGCGUUCUCCCUAGGCGCUCGCGGGGCUUGGAUUUUUCCCGGGCCGCUACCAAUCUUCAUCACUCGACCCUCGCUGAGCAGUCGUCACCCGACUCUUCGCCAACCAUUACGGGGCGGGCGAUGAACAUACCCAACAGGAAAAACGGGCUUCAUUUUUGCGGCGGUGCUGACAUGAACAACAUCAGCUCUAGCUCCGUGUGGUCGACGAUGGCGACUGCGGAUCGGAUGACCGUCUCGGGUUCGCUGGGGAGUGUGAACAUGAUGAUGUCCGAUUCCUCAGGAAGCAGUAGCGACGGCGACGAUCCCAUGGACGCAGACGACAUCGACGACUCUAUUCUCACCACCCCGCAGGUCAACAAGUUGAACGGGCCUUUUGGAGUUUCUGCGCCAAGUCCAGGCAACGGCUGGCUGGGGCACUCGCCGGCCGUGAGCAGCUUGAUGAAUUUUCAGCAUCGGCAACUUCUUCGACAGGGGAAGAGCAGAAAGAGCAGUGCUGCGAGCAGCGGAAGUGGCAACUCGCUGGUCAGCCCGAGCUCGAAGUCGCCGCCUCUUGUGCGCAACAUCGACGGUUAUUUUGGUCGGGAGAUGGCGCGAGAAGGGUCGCGUACUCGGAGAGAAAGCAUCUCCUGGGCCGCAAACCAGCUCAAUAUCUCUGGGAGCGAAAGUGACGAUGGCACACUGAAGUCAACUCUAGAGAACGUGGAUGGGAUGCCUGUCACGCCGGGUCGGGAUGCUCAGAAAGGGGUCAUUCGGCGGCCUGUCACUCGGAGGGGUAACAUGCUGCCUAAGACGAAAGGUUUCGCACGAAUCCGGGCCGCACUCGCAGAAGAAGGCGCCCCUAUCGAGACGGAAGUUCGUCGAGAGGCAGAGGUUGUCCGCCAAACCAGAGAAAGCGACCCCGAGCCCCGACACCCUUCUGUUUCCAAUAACACACCCAUACACUCAUCCCCGAAUCUAGGACCUACUCUACACGACCCGUCGGACGGAGACGAAAUGAUGGUGGAUAUCUCCCAGAGUCUCUCCAGCAGCUUCAAGCAGCACGCCAUGCGCAACUCCAGGGGCAAGGAGUUUUGGGAGACCUUCAAGGAGGACAGCAACAGAUCCACCCCUCCCCCUCCCCACUUCCCCUCCCGUGGCAUUAGUGAAGACAACUCUCUCGACUUGCCCAACAUGUCAAGCGUGCCGCUCUUCCCCAACACGCCCGACCACGUCCCCUCGUCUCCUUCUCGAUCAUCAACCCCCCAACCGCAAAGUGGACCCACGAUGGCAGAGAUCACUCGCAAGGUCAACAACAAGCGCAGACGCGACGACGACUUCGAUCCCACGAGCUUCAAGCGCAGAGCCGUCAGCCCAGGCAUGUCUGCCCACAACAGCCCCAUCAUGCAGAGCCCCAUGCAGCGAGACAUUCAACCGUGGGGGACCCGCCCGCCGAGCAAUGGGGACAAGACGGGUGCGAAUGGAGGGUCGAAGAGGGUCGGGUUUCAGGGCAUGGUGGACACGAAUGAUAGCUUGAUGAAGAUGAGCAUUGAGUGA